AUGAUUCGUCUCCUUGUUCAGUUCAUUCUUCUAAGUGGCUCUGUUUGCCAUGGCAGACUGAUUAAUUCAGAAGUUGUGAAGGAUGUUUCUGUCUAUUUGUGCUCACAUAUUUCUACUUAUUCACAUGCGAACAUGAAUUUCUUUUCUUAUCCUGUCCAAUUCUGUGUUACCCUUCGAUCAGAUAAAGGAAUACGAGAAGAAAUCAGAGAUCUCCAAUCAACGACGUCUCUUCAAAGUCGUGUUUCGAUCUCUUGGAGACAAUUGGCAACAGCCAAUUCGUGCAGAUUAACAUUCAAGGGAUAUCAGACAGAAUACCGAAUAUCUCCAGAUUUAGGAGGUUAUGAGACAUGUCAAACUUCAAUUUCAAGGCAUUUGUUCAAAUUAUCUCAAGGAAUGAAUAUGGGAAUAGAGAAUCAGAAGAGGAUUGAAUUCAAUUCAACGAAUCAAGAGUGUCCGAUUGUGAAUGUUCCUACUGCAUAUCCAGAGUAUGUGGCAUGCAAAUUUACUUCAAAUGAAUGGUAUCAAAUUGAAUGGAAAUCAACAAUUCGAUAUGAAACAUUUCGGAAUGGAGAAUACGGAACUUAUUGGGCAAACGACACACAGAAUUUCAUAGUGAAAAUGAGCGAAGAAAUGAGAAGAAAUGGAUCAGAACAUGUUUGGUUGAAACGACUUUUGAAACUUGAGUCAAGAUUAGAUGGGUGUGAUGCCACGAAACUAUUGAUUCGAUUCGCCGACGACUGGACAUAUUCAGCCAACAGUAUCAGUUUGAGUUAUCGAAUAUUCGAAGGAUCCACGAAAAUUCAUUCGGAUCACAUUGGAACUUUUGGAGUCGAAGGCUGGAAAGAAAUGAUUAUUCCAUUGAAAAGAAUUCCCGGUGAUCACGAAAUUUGUGCACAGAUGAUGAAUUCACUUGGAAUUCUUCUUUUCAUUCCACUCGCCACGUCCUCAAUCUUCGAUCAGGCAGCGAAAGGGAAGUGUAUUCCAAUUGAUAUUGAUCUAUGCAAAGAUUUACCAUACAACUAUACAUACUUUCCAAAUACAAUUCUUCAUAACGAUCAACACACGCUACAAACACAUACGGAGCACUUCAAACCAUUGAUGAAAACAAAAUGUCAUCCACACAUUCACUUCUUCAUUUGCUCAGUUUUUGCUCCGAUGUGUCCAAUUGGAAUGCCACAAGCGGUUACUAGUUGUAAAUCGGUGUGCGAGCAGGUUAAAGCUGAUUGCUUUUCAAUUCUCGAUGAAUUUGGAAUCGGAUGGCCUGAACCACUGAAUUGUGCACAGUUCCCAGAUCCACCUGAAUUGUGUAUGAAACCAACAGAAGAUGAGAUAAGCGGAGGAUUCUCUGCUCCACGUGUUCCAUCAAAAGUCUCAAGUUCAUCUUCUUCUAAACCAACUGGAUGUCCAAGUGAUCUUGUUGACGUGGAUCCACAUGAUCCGAAAUCUCAUUGUGCAUUUUCAUGUCAAUCAAAUGUUAUGUUUAGUACAGAUAAUAAGCGUAUGGUCCGCUCAUGGUCAAUUUGGUUCGCUGCCGCUAAUGCCGGAGUCGCUUUUUUCUCCUUUUUGACAUUUGCAAUCGACCGAAAAAGAUUCCGUUUUCCGGAGAGAUGUGUAUUCUAUCUGUCUCUAUGCAUCUUCCUCUCAUCUCUACCGUACCUCUCUCCACUGAUUAUUGAUGCUCCAAUCCGUUCGUGUCAUGCUCUUGGAAAUGGCCGUUCAUACCUUUCAAUUGGCACUUUUGACAAUUCAUACUGUCUUGCCUCAUUCCUUCUCAACUACUUCUUCAGCACUGCGGCCGCCCUUUGGUGGUUAAUGUUCUCUUUUACGUUAUACCUGAGCGGAGGUCGAAAGUGGGUGCCAGAAGGAAUUGAAGCAUGCAGCAGUUAUGUGCAUUUCGUUGCUUGGGGGCUCUCUUCUCUUGCAACUAUAAUUGUUCUCAUUUUCAACAAAGUGGAUGCGAGUGAGCUGACUGCUCUUUGCUCCGUUGGAAAUCUCAAUUCAAUUGCUCUUCUCUGGUUUGUAAUUGUCCCAAGAAUCAUUUGUAUUGUCAUUGGAACAUGUUUCAUCGUUGGAGGAUUUGCCAGUAUGUGCAGAGAGAGAAUCAGUUUUAGAACAAGGGGAACAGACACAUCGAAACUCGAGAAACUAAUGGCCAAAAUGGGUUUCUUUUGUGCUCUUUUCAUCCUUCCAAACGUCAUCGAACUCGUUUGUCAAUGCUAUAAAUUCAUGAUUUUGACGCAAUGGACUCGUAUGACAAUCGAAUGUAAGCAACAACUAGGUGCCUGUCAUCGACCAACUCCACCUCAAGCUGAGAUCUAUAUGGCUGCAGUUCUAUCUAAUCUAACAACUGGAUUGUCUUGUCUCGUUUGGGUUCUUUCUGCAAAAACAGUCAAUUCGUGGAAGAAUUUCAUCUUCUGUGGAAUGUGUUCUUCUGCCCCAGUCAAGAACCCAAUUGAGCCAUCAACUCGUCCCUUACUGGAGCCACCAACUGCUCCUCCACCACAACCGCCCGUUUACAUGCAGAUGACAACGAAUCCUCAGAAUGCAUGGAGACCCAGCAAAGUCGUCUGA